GGUCCCACCACAGAGGGCAGCACCAGUUCUACGACAUUGACACACGAGAACAAAUGGAUGCAAAGAAGCGCAAGCAGAUGGAGCUGCAGGCGGCGAUCGCCCAGCAGGUGGAUGAGAAUAAGAGAAAGCGGCAGGAGGAGAAGAAGGCUGCACAGCAGGAGGACCUGCGGCUGGAGAGGGAGUGCGAGCGCCUGGCCCUCCUCGCCCAGCAGGAGCAGCAGGCUGAGCAGGAGAAGCAGCGCAAGGCACAGAUGGAACAGAGACGGAAAUUCGAGGAUCCCAUGCCACCUGAUUCUCGCAGACCCCCGCCAGCCUCUCCUGAACCCCACUGCCCGCAGCCCCCUGCCGCCGCUGCGCCCGACUCCCACCGGCCUCCGCCGGCUUCCCCAUUGCCCAAAGCGCACCGUCCGCCUCCCACUGUCGCACCGGAUUUCCACCUUCCCCCGCCGGCCCCACCGCCGCCAAACGCCCGUCGGCCCCCGCCGGGCUCCCCGGCACCCUCGCGACUGGAGAGCAGCUGCUACUCGGCCGACAUGGAGCAGGAGAGUGGCUCGUGUCACCAGGAGACGGAUGACAGCUCGGUGCUCUUCAACCACCACCGCAAGAAGGACUGCGCUGUACAAACAGACGAGCUCGCCGACGACCUGACCCGGCGCUCGAGAACGGCGAAGCGGGCCGCACGCGAUGCUGCCAUUGCCGCCCGGCCCGAGUGGGGGAGCAACCAGGCGGACACGGACAGCGGUGGCCGCAAGCGCAUUCCGAAUUCGCAGCGCGACCCGCGCUACGAGCAGCAGCGCGUGACGCGGGAGGCGCGCAUCGCCCGCCGGCGCGACGAGCUGCAGCAGCUCGCGCAGGCGCCCAAGCUGCACACGGCGAUGCGCGGCCGCCAGGGCGCGCCGCUGCCGCGCUACCAUCUGCACGAGGACUGGUGCAGCGACAGCGAGGCGGCGUCGUCGAUAAGCGGGCGUCCGAACGCGGUGCGGCGCGUCCGCUCGGGCUCGCCGCGACGCCGCCAGAGGGCACCCUCGUCGCCGCCGAUCCCGGCCGUGCAGCGACGUCAGCAGCAGCAGCGGCACUCGCCGCUGCCAUCGCUGCGGCUCACGAGCAAUCGCGGCCUCGUGUCGGGAGCGGUUACGCGGCGAGCGUGA